UGCAGUUACUGUAGCCACGGCGACCGGGCCGUGAGGGAUGCAGGAAUGGACAUGUUCCAAACCUCUGAUGAGCCACAUCAUGGAAUGAUGACCCCAUGUGUGUUCAGAUCCACAUGAACAACCUUUACUCACAGCACCUGUGUCUUCUCCAUGUCAAAGCACCACCUUCAUCAUCCUGUGGACAGUCUGACAGUGCAGAUCAUCGACUCUCUACGGGCAAGUUCCACGGCGCACUGGACGAGGAAGCGAUGCUCUGCUUCCCAAGAGGAGGAAAGUCAUGGUCCUCUCGCUGCACUGGCUCCUGCUACUGUGGGGACUUCAAGGUCUUUUGGCUCAGGACUACGAGGAAGACUACGGUGAAGAGGUGGUGACCACCAAGAAGAAGAAGACCAAACUAAAUCCAUCCAAUGUAAUACCUGAAAAUGGCAAAUCUCUCGUCAGUGAAGAAUGCAAUUUGGAGCUAGCCUUUCUGAUCGACAGCUCAGAGAGCGCCAAGGACAACCAUGCCCAGGAGAAGCGCUUCGCCACCGAAGUGAUGGACCGGCUGCAGAACCUGCGGCUGCAGACGGGCCGGGGCCUCAGGUCCCGGGCGGCCCUCCUUCAGUACAGCAGCCACGUCAUCGUGGAGCAGACCUUCAGGCAGUGGAAGGGCAUUGACGACUUCAAGGCUAGAAUCGCACCCAUCGCGUACAUCGGCCACGGCACCUACACCACCUUCGCCAUCACCAACCUCACCCGUAUUUACCUGGAGGAGUCGGAGCCCACCAGCAUCAAGUUGGCGGUUCUGCUCUUCGACGGCAUCUCUCACCCCAGGAACCCCGACAUAUCUUCAGCCGUGGCCGACGCCAAGAACCAGGGCGUCCGCUUCUUCACCGUGGGCAUCACGCCUGAAGCCAACCUGCCCGCAAAUGUAGCUCAGCUGCGGCUAAUUGCUAGCUCGCCGGCCUCGCGCUACCUUCACAACCUGCAGGACGGAGGCGUUGUGGAUAAAUUCAUUAACGAGAUUACGGCGUUGGCGGAUGAAGGGUGUCCAAUGGCCCAGAGCCAGUGUAAGUGUGAGAAGGGUGAGCGGGGACCCAGCGGCCCCCCUGGCAAGAAGGGUCGUCCUGGAGAAGAUGGAAGCCCCGGCUCAAAAGGACAGAAGGGUGAAGGUGGGCUCAGUGGACUUCCGGGUCGGGAAGGAGCUGAGGGAAAGUCGGGGUACAAAGGAGAGAAGGGAGUGAGAGGGGAGUGUGGCACACCUGGAAUUAAAGGAGACAGAGGUCCUGAAGGAACCAUCGGCCCGAGAGGAAACCGUGGACUUCAGGGUUCGCUUGGUCCACCCGGUGAUAUUGGACCUGAAGGUACAAUGGGUAAAAAAGGGGAAAGGGGACUUUCUGGGCCACCUGGAAUUCAAGGGGAAACGGGGAUUGGCCUUCCGGGGCCCAAGGGGGACGCCGGUUAUCAGGGGCAGACCGGCUCUCCCGGCCCUCCGGGACUUGGCGAGCACGGACCACCGGGGCCUCAAGGGCCACAGGGAGUCUCAGGAGAGAGAGGACUGACAGGAGAAGGUUUACCUGGACCAAAGGGGGAGCGAGGCUUGGACGGGCCGCGGGGGCUCAGAGGGCAGCCGGGCGCCGGGAUCAAAGGAGACAAGGGGGAUUUUGGGGCUCCAGGUCUUCCAGGGCCCCUCGGGCUCCCAGGAGCCGGCAUACAGGGCGAGAAGGGCGUCGAAGGACCAAGGGGCCCGCCAGGGGGCAGAGGCCAGCGAGGGGAGGGCUUCCCUGGAUCCAAGGGGGACCAAGGUUUGCCGGGCGAGGUCGGGGCCCCAGGAGAGAGAGGGGCCGGAGACGCUGGAGCUAAGGGCGAGCCGGGAUCAACGGGGCUGUCUGGUUUGCCGGGUCUGCCGGGGGAGGACGGGGCCCCCGGACAGAAGGGCGAGUCGGGACCUGUCGGUUUAAGGGGGUUAGAGGGAGCAGCUGGAAUCGGCACCCAGGGCGAAAAGGGCGACCAAGGCCAAAGAGGAAUACGCGGCUUGGCGGGUCCAGCCGGCAUCGCCGGACCCUCCGGACCAAAGGGAGAACCGGGGACACAGGGAAGGGGGGGUUUACCCGGCCCACCGGGCCGCUUUGUCUCCGGACCCAAGGGGGAUCUUGGCCCGAGUGGCCCUCCGGGUCCGUUGGGCGAGACUGGCUAUGGACUUCCUGGUCCAAAGGGGGACCGUGGAGACUCAGGCCCAGCAGGUCCAUUCGGUCCCAAAGGAGACGGCUAUCCAGGCCCCGUGGGCCCUCCUGGUCUGCCUGGACUUCCAGGAGAACCCGGCCAGGAAGGACUGGGCAUCCCCGGACCAAAGGGUGAUGUCGGUUUCCGAGGGUUACCUGGUGCACCGGGACCUCCGGGCGAAGGCCUCCAAGGACCUCUGGGUAACCCUGGGCGACCUGGCGCUCCAGGGCCAACAGGGCCACAAGGACAAGGAGUCCAAGGACCAAAGGGCGAACAGGGGGCUCAGGGCGUGACUGGGCCGAGGGGGGUUCCUGGAGAAGGCUUUCCUGGAGCUAAGGGCGACCGCGGCUCGUCGGGAGAGAGGGGGCUGAAGGGAAUCAAAGGAGAAUUUGGAGAUUCUGGAAGCGAUGGGAAACCCGGCCAACCUGGGGUCAAAGGUGAAGCCGGUCUCACUAGAGAGGACAUCAUACGGAUGAUCAAAGAGAUCUGCGGGUGUGGGAUCAAGUGCAAGGAGAGGCCCAUGGAGCUGGUGUUUGUUAUUGACAGCUCGGAGAGCGUGGGCCCGGAGAACUACGAGAUCAUCAAGGACUUUGUCAACGCGCUGGUGGACCGAAUCACCGUGGGCCGCAACGCCACCCGUAUCGGCCUGGUGGUGUACAGCCUGGAGGUGAAGCUGGUGUUCAACCUGGCCCGCUACGUCACCAAACAGGACAUCAAGCAGGCCAUCAGGAACAUCCCGUACAUGGGAGAGGGCACCCACACCGGCACGGCCAUCCGCAAAGCCACCCAGGAGGCCUUCUACAGCUCGCGCGUGGGGGUCAGCAAGGUCGCCAUCGUGAUCACCGACGGGCAGACGGACAAGCGGGAGCCCGUGAAGCUGGAUCUGGCCGUGCGGGAAGCACACGCCGCCAACAUUGAGAUGUUCGCCCUGGGCAUCGUGAACAUCUCGGACCCGACGCAGGCGGAGUUCAUGAUGGAGCUGAAUCUGAUCGCCUCCCACCCCGACGCAGAGCACGUGUUUCUCAUCGACGACUUCAACACCCUGCCAGCGCUGGAGUCCAAGCUGGUCAGCCAGUUCUGCGAGGACGAGAAGGGAACCGCGAUAUACAACGGAGUGAUUAACGGCUACAACGGCUACGGGAACAACGGCAACUACGCCGGCGGUGGCUACGAGUACCGGCCCGGGACGGAGCAGCAGGUACUAAGCAGCCGCCCGUCCGCCACCAACACCGGGUCGACCAUCCACACCGACGGAGGCCGGGUCGACACCACCCUGCACGUCAGCAAGGGAUCCAGCACAGGACACGGAGGCGGAGGGCAGAGCGCGCUCACCGACGCGCACGUGGGAAACGAGCGCGGGGACACAUUCAACCGCAACACCUCAGUCACCAGGACCGGAGAGGACUCCUCCAGCACGCAGGGCUCUUCCUCGUCUUCGUCCUCUAAAAUAAUGACCUCCUCAGGCGUGUCCGUACAACAGGAGCCUGCACCGCGGCCGGCACUCCCCAAAGAGACCGUACCCUUGGACCCGCGCUGCGGCCUGGUUCUGGACCAGGGCACGUGUCGGGACUAUAACAUCCGCUGGUACUACGACAAGCAGGCCAACGCCUGCGCACAGUUCUGGUACGGCGGCUGCAGCGGCAACCGGAACCGCUUCGACACAGAGGGAGAGUGCAGGAGGACGUGUGUGCUCGUCUGAUCCACCGGAGGCCAAGUGAAGGCAUCUGCCUUACAUCUGCUAUAAAUACUUCAUGGAGGUGCAGCUAACAACAGCCUUUUUUUCCACAGGGUUAUGUCGAGUCUCAGCACAGUCCUCUGGCAUAUACAUGUACGGGGAUGUUACGCAUCGCGCUUACAUUCUUUGUGCCCACUCUUGUGCGACUUUUUGUAAAACCAUCCUCCUCUACAGUGAAAAGGGAGCCCAGCUCUGUUAGCUACCUCUGCUUUUCUGUAUUUUUAUACCAGAUACUACAGAUGAGCACAGUCCUCAGGGGCCUCCUGCACCUGCUGCAGAGAUUGUGAAAAGGUGGACUGGCCAGUGAAAAUGGCUUUUCAAAGUAAAAAUCGUGAACAACAUUAUGAGUCAACAUGUCAUGAAGACACGGAGUAGCUGUGGCUUCCUUUACUCAUUCACACAAGAGCCAAUCGUCCACAAAUACAACCUCUCAUCAUUUAUGAUAAUACAAAUAUAUUUUGUUCAUGUACAAAUGACGGAUGCUCUGUAACCUCAAGGAAUAGUUGUGUUUUCUUUAAUGUGUUAUUUGUUUUGUUUUGUUUUUUAAUGAAAAUGUGAGGUUUUCGGUUUUACGUGAUUGCAUUUACGUUCCACUAACUGUCUCCACUCGUUCAGCAGUAAACUGAUGCCCUCUACUGGGCGACACAUGCUGAAGCCGGUGCUGCAGUGCGAGGGACUAGAAUUGUACUUCCAUUGUUGAGCAACGGGUUUGUCACUACAUUACACAGCUGUCCUGACUGUAUCAAUCCACAUUGUGCUCACACGUGGUUUCAUGUCAAACAUUUUGAAUAAAUCUGGUCUAAACAAACACA